AUGGUAAUAGAAUAUGCAAAAGAUGGUAGUUUAAGACAAUAUUUAAAUAAUAGAUUUAAUUCAAUAAAGUGGGUAGAUAAGUUGGGAUAUCUAGUAGAUAUUUCAAGAGGCCUCAAUUCUAUUCAUGAAAAAGGAUUAAUUCAUCAUGAUUUUCAUUGUGGCAAUAUGUUAAGAGAUGGUAAUUAUACUAUUAUUACUGAUUUAGGAUUAUGCCAACCAGCAAAUGUAAAAUCUUCUCAAAUUAAUAAAAAUGAAAAACAAGUAUAUGGAGUAUUACCUUAUGUAGCGUCUGAAGUUUUAAGAGGAGGAGAAUAUACUCAAGAAAGUGAUAUUUAUGCAUUUGGAAUUAUUGCAUAUGAAGUCUGUACGGGACUUCCUCCUUAUCAUGAUAUUGCUCAUGAUAAAUUCUUAGCUAUUAGCAUUUGUCAAGGGCUUAGGCCAAAAUCUAAUUAUAAAAUUCCUCAACUAAUUUUGGACAUAAUUAAACAAUGUUGGGAUGCUGAUCCUUUAAAACGACCUAAAGCACGAGAAUUAUGUGAUUUAGUGUCUAGUUUAUAUCAUUCAAGUAGACAUUCGGAUGAUCAUAAGAUCAAAAAGCAAAUUGAAGAAGCAGAUAAAAUUAAUGAGAAGUUAACUUCCUCUUCAUUAUCAUAUAAUGGUAGUACACUUUCAUAUACUACAAAUCCUCAAGCAGUCUACACAAGUAGGCUUUUAAACUUUAAAAAUCUACCAGAACCAAAAAAUGCUAUUGAUAACAAAGAUGAUGUUGAUUAUUCAGAAUCUAUAGAAGCAAUAGAUUUUACUAAACUCAACUUAGAUGAAAAUAACUAAAGAAAAACUAAGAAAAGGAAGAAAAUAUACAAAUAUUCAGAAUAUAAAUUUCUUUAUUUGUAUCUAUUAUUUACUA